CGCUGAGGCGGACGGGGACCCACCUGGGCUUCUCUUUCUCUCUUCUCGUUUACCUACACUUCUCCGCCUCCCUCCCGCUCGUCCUGCUCCCCGGGAAGGCUCGGCGCCCCGCAGCUCUGAUCCCUCGGUGGUUUGUCUCUCCCCAUUCCCGGGAAAGCACCUGAAGGUGGAUCUAAUAAACCUCCCGGCUGUCUCUCCAAGGGCACUUCUUCCAAAGCAACGGCAUGGAUGCAAGAUUUUAUCCGGCUGCGGCGGGCGGCUCUCUUCCCGGAGAUAACUCCAACCUGGACUUUGCCCAGUGUUUGGGUUACUACAACAAGUUUGGAAACAAUAACAACUACAUGAACAUGGCAGAAGCAGGUAAUGCAUGUCUUGCUGCAAAUCAGACGUUCCAUACACUGAGCCAUGGGGAUGAGGAGUUUGAAAUCCCACCCAUUACUCCCCCACCCGAGUCAGACCCAGCGCUGGGGAUGUCAGAUAUGCUGCUGCCCUUUCAGGGCCUUGGUGAUCAACUGCCUCCACAAGGAAAUGAAUUUACACCUCAGUUUCCUCCCCAGAGCUUGGAUCUUCCCUCUAUUACAGUAUCCCGCAAUCUUUUGGAGCAAGAUGGCAUCAUCUACAGCAAUGGAUUGCAUAUGGAUCAGAGUCACACACAAGUUUCCCAGUAUCGCCACAAUCACUCUCUGAUUAUGAGAUCUAUAGUCCACAUGACUGAUGCUGCUCAUUUGGGAAUUAUGCCUCCUUCUCAGCUAACCACCAUUAACCAGUCUCAGCUAAGUGUGCAGCUGGGUCUAUAUUUAGGAGGCACUAAUUUGCCACACACUUCUCCCUCCCCACCUGCCAGUAAAUCAGCCACUCCUUCCCCAUCCAGCUCUAUAAAUGAAGAAGAUGCAGAUGAAUCAAAUAGAGCUACUGGAGAAAAAAGAGCUGCCCCGGAUCCUGGCAAGAACACCAAGACUCCAAAGAAGAAGAAAAAGAAAGAUCCCAAUGAGCCACAAAAGCCAGUGUCAGCAUACGCCCUUUUCUUCAGAGAUACACAAGCUGCAAUUAAAGGGCAGAACCCAAAUGCUGCAUUUGGAGACGUUUCAAAAAUAGUGGCAUCUAUGUGAGACAGUUUAGGAGAAGAACAAAAACAGGUAUAUAAAAGAAAAACUGAAGCUGACAAAAAAGAAUACCUAAUGGCACUUGCUGCUUAUAGAGCAAGCCUUGUUUCUAAGGUAGUUGCCGAGACAUAUGCAAUUAUGAAUCAGAUUGUAGCUUCUGUCGCCAUUGCACCAAACAUGCCAACAAACAUUGCUGCCCCACUGAUAAGCUCUAUGGAAACAAAUAUGGUGGCAAUGCCAUCUUCGUCUCAAGUCAGUCCCUCAAUGCAAAGCCAGCAGCGCCAGAUACAGCAGCUCCACCAGCAACAGAUGCAGCAGAUGCAACAGCAGCAACUACGUCAGCAUCAAAUGCAUCAGCAAAUACAGCAGGAAAUGCAUCAGCACCACAUGCAACAACAUUUGCAGCAGCAGAAGCAUCUUCAGCAGCAAAUUAAUCAACAGCAAAUGCACCAGCAACUGCAGCACAUGCAGCUGCAGCAAACGCAACAGCAGCAAAUGCAGCAUAUCCAAUACCAGUCACAGCCUUCUCCUCAGCAGCAUUCUCCAGUAGCCUCUCAGAUCACUUCUCCUAUCCCUGCCAUUGGGAGCCCUCAGCCAGCACUUCAGCAGCACCAGUCACAAAUACAAUCUCAGACACAGACUCAAGUAUUAUCACAGGUCAGUAUUUUCUGAAGAGAAAUGAUCUUGCAACAUGGGUUUGUGUUGAUG